GAUGAGAGUAGCGGCGGAGCAGGCAGCAUAGCCAGUUAGUUGUCGGUCAGAGAGACACUAAGUCGAGUCGCUCGAUCUUUCAGUCGUACGAAAGCACGAGACAGCUCUCGCUAGUUUUUAUCUCUCUUACCACAAGACUACCGAGUAGACGUGCUCUCUCGUCGCGCGUAUUAGCAGCCUUAUUGCUAAUAUUAAUUUAAUCUAUAACACAUAGGUACACAUACGGAAUAAUGAGUACCAAGGAAAACAGUGGUGAGGUCGCUGUGGAGAAGGUAAAUGACUUACCCAAAGACGACGCCAAGUGCGAGAUCAAAGGCAUCAAGAGGGCGGCAGAAGAAAAAAACGAUGAGCCUAAAAAACAGAAAAAAGAGGAGAACGGUGAUGGAGAAGCCGAGGACGAUGACGUUGAGGAUGAGGUCGAGGGUGAUGAGGAGGAAGUCGAGGACGUCGACGGAGAAGAUGAGGAAGACGAAGAAGAUCUUCCAGAAGGCGAGGAAGACUUAGAUGAAGAUGAGGAGGAGGAUGAAGGUGAAGGUGAGGCAGAGGGUGAAGUAGAUGAUGAAGAAGAUGACGCAUAAUGAAGGAACAGAGAGCCGCGUAUAUUAUAAGAAAAAAAGAAGAGGUGGAGGAGGCCGACUGUGUGCCCGCAACCCUGUGUUGUCGUGUUGUCGUUCGCCGGCAGCAACACCCUUACUCUCAUAUUGAGCGGUUUGGUAGCACAUCAGCGUUGCCGACACUACAGCGUCGAAUGAACUCCUCCCGAUCUCUGCCACCUACAACACAAUAAUAACAGCGACGUCGUUGAUAUACCUUUCGCCGGAGUUGCCAAGGCCCAACACACUACGUCUACACCCCUCACUAAUUAACUUCUACUAUGCUCUUUGCUCACCGUCUCAAAUAACAGCAGACAAAUUUUCGAUUAAUAGACUUUUUUCAUCCCUCCAAUCAACAACCGCCUCCCUCGAACACUCCUCCAGUUGGAUUUUAUAUAAGUUAACGUCUUGGACUGCCUUCACAAUUCCGGCGUACUCCUAGCCUUCACCAAAUACGCGCUAGGUCGUUUGUCGGAUAAAGAAAAUAAAGAUAUAAAGUUCGCCCCUUCCUCCGUGAGAUGCGAAACAUGAAUUAUGUUAUAAGAACCAUUAUUCGAACACUAUUUACGUCCUACUUUUUUAUGUCUACAUUGUAAUUUUUUUCUUUUUUCCCUUUUAUGAACUGUUGCGUUCACGAAUGUUUUUUUUUUCAUUUUACCUCCUUUUUUAUAAGCGUCAAAUUUCAAUAUGAAAUAUAUAACGAAAGAUGUUUAGUAAAAAAACAAACUAGCAAUGUAUACUUUCCCUAUGUCAUCUGUGUCUACCUUUUCAUGCAUAUACAUUUGUAUAGAUUGUGUAAUUAUUGGAUCAUUUGUUGUAUUUUUUACGUCAAGCUUUCGUUUGCGGCGGAUUGAUCUGUUAGUCCAGGGCCUGGGUAUGAUCCUGUAUACAAUUAAAAUACCCCGACUAAAAAUAUUUCAUUUUUGCAUAUUUUGAGCCGUUCGAUUCGAAUUUUCAUUCGAACUAAAUUUUUCGAAACUUAGUAAUAAUUUGUUUAAAGCCCAAUAGGGUUAUACAAAAAAAUUAUGAAAAAAUGGUUUUUUUUUAAGUUGGACAAAUUUCUUUUUAGAAAAUUACUUAUUUGAAGAGGAAAAGGUCUGAAGGUAGUAUAGGCUAUACAAUCAGAGUUAAAAGUUAGUGAAAUGACAAAAAUUCUUUGUUAAAUCGUAAAAGUAUAAUUAUUGAAUUAUAACGAUGCAUUAUUGUCCAAUUACAGUAAAAUUAUGGAUUUAAGUGAUGUUUUAAAAGGUGCAGGCAUUUUUCAUAAUUUUUGUCGCAAACUUAAAUGUACAAUAAAUGAGCUUGAAAUGGCAGCUUAUAUUGAGUCAACAAUUAAAAUUUUUUAUUAGUCUAAUCUCUUCAUAACAUUAAUUCUAAUAAAAGAUAUCACAGUUGCAAUAUUCUGCCAUUAUUAUUUCUGUAUGAUAUUUAAAUAAUACAUAAUUCUCCAGAAAUAACUCACGUGCAAUGACACUAAAGUAUUUUUUUAAAGGUGCUCAAAGUUUCAUAGGAUUUAUUUAUGUUUUUAGAGUAGCUGAAUCGAACUUUCGAGGUUGUCAUAACGAAUUCCCGGUCAGAAUUGUUUAAGUCGCCAUUGCUUGAAUAAAAAAUCAAGAAGUGUAUUUUUUGUAACGGACUGACUUUAGAAAAUACACUCUUUAAAACGAAAAGCUCUCUUAUAAUACUUUAGAAAUUCAAAAAUUAUAAAUUUUUUCUUUCGAAAACUUGAUGUUUUUCUCUGUGUUAUUAAUUAAACUAUUGGAAAUAUUUUAAAACAAAAUGUCGCACACAUUCGUCACAAGAAUCACCUUAUAAUUUGCUAUAUUUUUAAAUCAAAUUUAUUCUCCGAAUUAUUGUCUAUGACGAGGGAAAUUAACACUAAUUCCCUAUGUACAUUUUUGCUACCUGUCUGUCAAGCACACUACAUAUAUAGAAAAAAGUGCUCAUUUCCGCAGGGGAAUAAAUAUCAAUUUUUAGAUAGUAGACUUAAUUUUGAAGCACAUUAGAUUGUAGGGUAAGUCUUAACGAAUAUACACGUUACUCGAAUUUAAAAAAAUAUUGAAUAGUGUCAUGUGUGGUAAGUUUAUAAUAACAUCCGAAAAAGUUAUCGUCCCACGUGACACUAAUUUAACAGUUAUUAAUCUCAGAAAUAGUGGAAAAAAGUUAAAAUUUAUAAUUUUUUAAUGAUGCAUUUUACGAAAAAGUCGCAAAAGAAUUUUUUCUUAACACAACCUGUAUUUUCUAAAAAGAAGUAUUUAUAAAAAUAACAUUUUUUAAUGAUUUACUUAAACUAGUUCAAUUUCAUUGAACCUAAUCAGGAAGUCGGUCUGAUAUUUUCAAAAUUUUGAUUCCGCGAACUGGUAAUGAAACUAUGAGUACUUUAAUAAAAUACUUGAGUGCCAUAUAUGCGAUACCUCAGAUAUGUUAAAUUUCAAAUUUCAAAUUACAAUAACUUCAAUCACAGCUAAUAAGGGACUUUGAAAUUUAGUAUGCUAUUUUUUCAUAACUUUAAGAACUUGCGUGUGGAUUUUCAAACAUUUCUUAUUAGUUUGAAUUUAUAGCCAAUACUACCUUAAUAUGAAACCAUAGCACAACAUAACCUAUAUAUUAAUAGAGACCGUUAUACUCCAUUAAUUGAGCAAUUUAAAAUUUUUAUUGAAAAUCGUAACUUCCGAUUUUUCUUUAGCGUCACGAAUGGGUUUAUUAAUUGACAAAUAUGUGAAUAGUUAAUGUGCAUCAAUGAUUACCAAAUUAAUCAAUAUUUAAUUCCUGAUUAUAAUUAGGCUCGUCCGUCUUAGGUCAUGAUUUGCAAAUAUGCGGUGAAGUAUUCUGUAUAAAGUGUAAAUUAUUCAAGGAUAACAAGUUUUCCGAAGGUUUAAAUUAACUAUCACAUCUCUCUCGGGAUAUUCUUUUUCAAAUCUAUCGAUCAUCAACUCUUUUAUUACGAGCUAGUUGAAUACGAGUAGCGUUUUGUUCCAUACGAAUCGCACACUGUGUCAUCAAUGAACUAAACAAGUUUCUUAAAUAAUUUUUCAUAAAAAGCACAUUUCAAGAAUCAUACACUUUUAGUUUAAUAAUUUUAAACUUACAAUGACUCUUAAUUUAUUCAAUAUUUUUGAAAAUGGAAAAGACAUAAAAUCCACAAACUUUUUUCACAAAUUUCUAUGAUGCAACAUUAUCGCAAGUCUUCCGUUGAUGCACUUUUUGCGAUAAACAAUUAGCGUAUUCCCUCCAUAUACACUAAUAAUUUAAUUGGGUUAAUAUCAUAUAUUUCUAUAUUUAAAAAUUAGCUACAAAAACCUACAAGUUGUUGAAAAACGUUAAAUUUUUUGACCUUUAAAAAUUAUAAUUUUUGUAAUGUACAUUUUACAAAAGUGUCUGAAGACUUUUUUUAUCUUAAGUAAAAUUAUUCAAUAAUACACUUAAGUCAUGUUUUCGUAAAUUUAGAACCAUACACUUUAAACAAAUUAAUAACAUUUUUUCGAAAAAUCCAGUUAUGAAUUCGGAUUCAUCAGCUCAAAAUAUAUAAGAAUGAAAGAUUUUUGGCAAAGGCAUUACAAUUUGCAUAGGGAAUCAUAUCUAGUCUUCGGAUUACGUUUUCGUUUCUUUUUGUCCAAAGCCAACUCAUCGAACGAAACUCGAAAACAUAAUCUGAUAUUUACUGUCAUUUGGCUUCUCUUCACAGGACAGUUUAAUAAUGAAAACUUAUUUAAGAUAUAAGAAAAAAAACUCUAUUGUAUUUAAAUAGUGUAAAAUGGACAUUUAUGGAUGAUAAUUUUUUUUACAUUUGAAGAUCAAUUUUUUAUUUGUAAUUCAACGAAUGUCUCUCACCUAGUGCGCGCGUGACUUAGUUUUUCCUACUUUCUUUAAAAAAAAAACCUCAUUCUUAUCUUCUCUUUCCGUUUAUUGUCAAUUGUCAAAUUUUGCAAAUUCUCAUGGCAUAUGUAAUUAAACGACUGAAAAGAAAGAAACAAUACACGUGACAUCUUACAGACGCGCGAACGAUAAUUGAAUUUGAUAAUCUCAGUGAAGUACGUUAACAGGCAGGUUUUAUAAAUGAUACGAAUCAUUCUUUGUCAUAAUACACUUGAUGGGAAUAGCGAACUUGAUUUGAUUUUUAAACUGACGAGAGCCAUGCAAUUAAUUUAUACAAACUUUGGUACUUUUAAAACGUGCUGUCGCCUCUCUGUUAAUCACGCAACCGAAUGCUGAAAUGCAAAGCUCGCGCCGGGUAGUAUGCAUGAGUAUAAUGUAUGACUUUAACAUUGCAUAAUAAUUAUACAUAGCAUGUAUAAAGUUAUGGAAUAAGAAACAAUUUUAUUAUUAACGCUAAUAAGUGUAAUGUAAACGUUAUGCGGAGAUGUUGUUAUACACACUUUUAGACAUUCGGGCAUGUUUCAGAAUCGGGGGAGGAGAGUCGAUAAUUCGUCAGCGAUUUUGCAACAAAUGGAACUCGGUGAAAAUGGAAAAUAAUUAUGCAAUUUAUAAUGAAGAAUAAAGUUUGUAUUUUGACGAGAGAGAGAGAAAGAGAGAGAGAAAGAGAGAGAGAGAGAGAGAGAAAGAGAGAGAGAGAAAGAGAGAAAGAGAAAGAGAGAAAGAGAGAAAGAGAGAAAGAGAAAGAGAGAAAGAGAGAAAGAGAGAAGAGAGAGAGAGAGAGAGAUGAAUGCGCGAACACGAUGAAACACUCCGCAUAAACUUUAUUCCAUUUUUCUUUUUCGUUUUCCAAGAUUUUUACAUCAUCAAUUUUAUUUGCUAAACCCUCUCACAAUUCUCUUGUUAUAAUUAUAUAAUUGUCACGACCAUCAAUCAGUAAACGAGAGAGACGAUCGGAAGGUUCUAUUGUAUAUUUUUUGACAAACUGCAAUGUAUAAAAAUAUUAACAGCGAUGUUAUGGACGUAUGAAAUUGUGUAUUUAAAUGGAAUUUCAUGAAAAAAAAAUCAUUGAUUAUUGAAUGGAGUAUAAUAAAAAAAGAAAAUAAGGAUAACACACGCGAUAAAAUUUAAACAAAUCCUAUAGAACUUUUCCUAUUUGAAGCGUAAUUUGUUAAGUUAUAAGCGUGUCAGCUCACAUGUGUAUUACGCGAUCGAAUUGUACACUUUUUAUUUAAAUGUGAUGAUAAUUAAGAUUAUGAAAAGAGCGCGCGCGAUGAUCUAAAGUAAAGAUAAAAAUGAAGCAAACAUCAUUGAUUUUUUGUUUGUUUUGAUAUUUUUUUAAUCAACUAUGAUCAGCGUAUAAAGGUGCGCGUCCGAACACACGACUGAAGAAUUUUUACUGCAUAAGUGUGCGAUCGCAAGCUCGCCAGAACACGUCACUUUUCGAGCGCCAAUAACUCAAUUUAUAUAUUUUUUCCCCAGCAGUACAUGAAUAAACGUAAUACACACGGAUAAUGGCGUUAGUUAAUUUUCAGCCCAAACUCGAGUCUCAGCGAGAGAAUUAAUCUAACUAAAUAAGCUUUUUUCUAGAUAUAUGAGGUUCGGACCGUUGAAGAGUAUUCCAGAAAUAUACGUACGCAUUGAGUGAUCAUGUAGUAAAUGUAUCGAAAGAAGAUCGAUGCGCUCCUAUUAGCGACGAACAUUUACAAAGCACGCGAAAUACUCAAAUGUUAAGGUAAUAAUUGUCUCUUAUUAUGUCCGUUUUUGCACUACCUUUUUUAUUCUGGCCAACGAAAAUAAUAUUAAAAAUAAAUAGGCGCACGCGCGUAUACACGCACACACAACUGAUUGACAAAUUUAUACAUACAUUGGAUACGAUGAAUAUUUUUUCAAUAAAAUUUAAAAUGGAAAUGAUAUGCGAAAACUGAGGAAAAGCACAAAAUCUAAUAAAGGGAUAUUACGGUUAUGAUACAAUUGUACCAUAGCUGCAUAAUUAAAU